AGUCGGGCAUAGACUGUGGAGUUUGAGUUGAAUAAUAAUAAUAAUAAUAAUAAUAGGUUCACAACAAAACGCAAUCACUUUGGCUUAACCGGACCUCUCUUCUUCACUCUCCUCUCCAUCACUUCCCCAAGGACUGAUGGCUUCAAAGCUGGUUCAGCUACAAUCCAAGGCUACUCAGGCCUCUCAGCUUGUGGCUAAGCAUGGUACUUCUUACUAUAAGCAGUUGUUGGAGCAGAACAAGCAGUACAUUCAGGAACCCCCCUCUGUUGAAAAGUGCACUGUUUUGGCUAAACAAUUGUUUUAUACUCGUCUAGCCAGUUUACCUGGUCGUCGAGAAGCAUUAGCGAAAGAGCUAGAUUAUGUGAAGCAUCUAUGGAAGAACAGACAAGAGUUGAAGGUGGAGGAUGCUGGAAUUGCGACACUGUUCGGGUUAGAGUGCUUUGCUUGGUUUUGUGCCGGUGAGAUCAUAGGACGAGGAUUCACUUUCACUGGCUACUACGUUUAAAUGCAGAGCCACACAAAUAAUUUCCAUUGAAGAUGAGCUAGUCAUAUGCUUCUCUUCCCAACAUCUCAUCAGUUAGUUAAUAUUUUACAUUUGCUCUGUGAAAAUGUCUUCUUUUUGGUUAAGAAUUAGUUUUGUUAACAUCAUAUGUGUGGAAACUGAGUGAGUGGAUUAAAUUCACCUCAAUAACCUUCUCAGCUAAAAUAAUUGAUCAGCUUCUAAUAUACAUCUAUAUUGUUCUCAA